AAAGCUGCAAAGCUAGAAUAAUAUCUAUGACUUCCUGCUUGCUAUACUUAAUAAGUUAGUUCCUCGUGAUAGGCGGUCAUCUUUAUUUUUGGUUGUGGUUAAACCAAACCAUUGGUUGGUUUUCUUUCAAACAGACAAGCUGCAUUGGCUCAUUGAAUCCAUCCCAAUUAACAAAUGCACAGAAGAUAUUCUUAGUACACCGCUUAGUUGCGAAAACUUCUCGUCAUCCGGGUUCCGCGAAAUUGUUUGUUUUUUCCUUCUUUUUCUUCUUCUCGGUCUGACUUCCUCUUCAGUCUUGUUCAUUCUAUACAGAGCAAACAAGCUCAGGCAUUGAAAACUGUCUAUGCGAUCAUUUAUUCUUUUCGAACUUUUCAUAAUAAGCACUACUUUCGAGCUUGUUGAGUCUCAAGGGAAAGCCCCUUUUAAUACUGAACCUAAACAAGAUGAAUCUAGUCGUAGUACUAUGAAGUGAAAUCGAAACCAAAAUACACGCAGCAAAGAUAUAAAGCGCUAACUGCUUGAUAGAUGCAGUACGCCGGAAGACUACUCCAGAUACAGCAUCGUUUCAUGCGGAAACAAGCCGAAGUGACCAUUCAUCUUGACUAAACAUGUGGCAAGUGACUGCAGUGUAUUGGCUAUUCUGCACUACUGGGCUGUACCUUAAUCGCGUUAACAGUGAUGAUGUUUCUCAUCGAGUAUGGAUGGAGUCGUCAUAUUGUAAAAGCAAUGGACAGCGAGUGUCUUACGACUCAACUCACAGUAUCUGCUGUAAUGACAAGCUUCACAACCGCACUGAUGAUAACCAGCUUUACUGCUGUGGUCAAUAUCUGUACUCGCCUGACAUCAGCAUCUGUUGUGAUGGUCGCCUUCAUGACAUCAGUCAAGCCACUGCCAAGCCUCAGUGUUGUAAACGGAUUUCUUACGAUGCUGAUAGAUUCAUCUGCUGUGAAAAUGGUGUGCUAAUGAAAAGAAGAUUCAGACAUACUGCAUGCUGUAACAACAAGACUAUAGAUAUCACAAGAAAAGUCUGUUGUGAAGGAAGGGUUCGCACUUCUACUCAAGGUCGAACAUCAUGUUGUGGUAAAAGGUCUUAUAAUCCAUAUAAAGAUACUUGUUGCAAUAGAACUGUGAACCGUGAUAUCGUCACCAAAUCCUGCUGUUCAAAACAAGCCUAUGACAAGAGUGUAUCAACAUGUUGUAAUAAUCACUUGACCCACAGGGCGGGGAUGCAAUGCUGUGAAAACAAGUCAUAUGAUCAGAACACCCAUACCUGUUGUGGAGGGAUUAUCACGAGAAAGAACCAUACCACAGGAUGUUGCUGUAAGCAGGCUAUUUGUACUUUGUACAAUACUCAACAACAAAUAUGCUGUAAUGGAAUGGUUGUACCUAAAGGUGGACAUGUAGGAUGUUGUGGUGCAGAUAUCUAUGAUGUCACUAUGCAGGUAUGUUGCGGCAACAUCACACUUGGAGCAGGUCCUAGUAACUGGCGGUGCUGUGGGAAUAUUCCUUACAACAGCAACAAACAAAUCUGCUGUAGAAAUAUAAUUCAAGCAAAAACAAACAAAGAUAUGCGUUGCUGUGGCAACAAGGCAUACGAUCCUUACAUAUUUCAAUGUGAAGACUAUUUUUACAAUCACGUGAUACCCAUAAACGGCAAAUACUGCGAUAGAAGGGUGUAUGACCCAGAUGAUGAUCUGUGUUGUCACGUGUCAGUUGUACCUAAGACGUAUGGCCAGCGGACUGCAUGUUGUAACCAACAAGUCUAUGAUAAAGAUAGAUAUGUGUGUUGUGAUGGAGUCAUCAAUCCCAUCCCUGCAGGAAUACCACAGUGUUGCAGACACAAUGCUUAUAAUAUCCUGAAAAACAAAUGCGAUGUUGCAAGUGGCGAAAUAAUAAGUCGUUCAAACAGGUUUGUGAGGUUUUGUGGUGCACAAAUGGUGGAAUAUGAUACCAGGAAAUACCUGUGUUGUAAUGGCACAACUUAUGGUCCAGGAAAUGUCUGCUGUAAGGGAAGCGUUGAAAGACUUCCUGGAAUAAGUUUAGGACAAGGAAAAUGUUGUGGGCAGUACCCUUACGAUAACAAUAAAUAUAUCUGUUGCCAUGGAAACCUGUACAGCAACUUUAAAGGGAACAAGUGUUGUGGUGCCAAGCCAUACAAUGCCUCCACGCAUGCGUGUUGUCAAGGGAAUAUUUACCCAGAAGGCUUCACGUGCUGCAAAGGCGUGGUCCAUCUAACACCAGGGGUGCAGCUUGGAAAGGGUAAAUGCUGUGGUGGGAUUGGGUACAACAGGAAACGACAGAUUUGCUGUGCUAAGAAAGUAUUUACAAGAAAAAGUAGAAAGAUGAAGUGUUGUGGUACUCGUCCUUACGAUAAGUCACGCAAUAUUUUCAUUUGUUGUCACGCAACAUUGUCCGUCAUAGGUCAUCAUGGACGCAACGUCUGUUGCAGAAAGGAACCAUAUAGCCCGAUACUGGAGACUUGUUGUAGAGGACGUGUUCACACGAAGCGCAAUGCAACGUGUUGUGGACAAAAUAUCUACGAUCCUUUAAAAUCAAUAUGUUGCAGCAAUACUGUUUAUUCAAUACACAAGUAUGGAAAAGACUGUUGCCGAAAGAUGGCUUACAAUGCAUCCACACAGGUCUGUCGAUCAGGAUCUGUAUUCCCAAAAGUGCUUUGCGGUCAAAAGAUUUACGAUAACAGGACGCAAAUGUGUUGUGGUGGUAGAAUACGCCAAAAAGGUGCUUACAUAAGAUGUUGUGUCAAAAGAAGCUAUAACAUAGUAAAGUCUAUCUGCUGUAAUGGAAAAGUACGACCCAACACUAGAAUAUGUUGUUCUAACAGAGUCUACAGUGCUAAGGGUUUUGGUUGCUGUGGAGGAUUUGCACUGAGAAAAAACCAUCCACAUCUCAAAUGUUGCGCUGGUCAAGUCUACGAGGUUGCACAAUACAGGUGUAAAAGAAAUAAGAUCGUGGCCAAAGGGAAACUGCAAAGAAAGAUGUGUAUGAAGGAGAGCGCAUUUGCUUUUCUUGGUGAACUCCAGUCAAUAGGAAGAGUGUAUCAUUCAUUCAAAUUACUCAGUGUUAUCAAAGGGGAACCAAAUAUCCAAGUAGGAGCCACGAUGAAGGUUUUAUACAAGCACGCACAGUUCCAAAGACUAAAGAAGAGAACAGGACAGACCUAUCUACUGGCAGGGCGUAUAGUGUGGAAGGAUUCGUUCAUGAUGGAAAAAGUCUUCCUUUAUCGACCCUGGAGGAAGAAACUACAGGAAAAGCUAGAGGCAUUAGUGAAGAGUUGUCACCUCAUAGGAGCUGCACAUCCUGUAGUCAAAACACGCUUUUUCAAGGCUUUUGGAAGGAUGUAACCGCCGACUGAUGUACAGCACCCAUACAGUUAAUAUCCAAAUGUUGCUAUAUUCAAAACUAGUUACUUAAAAAUCCAAUCCUUUAUCAGUUUAUUCACAUUGAAUAUAUACGAUGAAGAGUUUUCUUUUAAAAUGCCUCUCAGCUAUUGCAUUUAGAUGCAUGUGGCAUGUUAACCGCAUGAAAAUACCCAUAUUUGGUAGGUCACAUAAACAGCCAACUGACAACGCGUAGGUACAGUAACUACUUCACAACCCUAGUAUGGUCUUUUUAGUAUCAAAUUCAUUCAUAACUGAUAUCAAUUUGAUAUUCUGAACAUGGGAAAGCCUCACUGCACAGCAUACCACGAGGCGCGUAAUGCAUUGUUUGCUAAAAGGAAAACUUGCUGACCAUAUGUUAUAUUACGUCUUCGUCGACAAGAAAAGUUUUCGCUGAAUCGUUCUGCCUCGGAUAAGUUUCAUCUUAGUUUAAGAUAAAGAAGCUGUGAAGAAAGUGUUCACUAACUGAACAUCUGGGAAUAAAAAGGUGUGUUCAAUUUACUUAGAAAAAGAGUGAGAAAUAAAUCUGUCAAAUCAGUUCAUGUUAAUCACAAA